CUGGAAUUUGCGGUACCACUAGAGUGGCCCUAUUUAAUGUCAUUUCAGAUCUAAAAGAGUGUAUGUCUAAAGAGUGUUGUUGGACUACGGGAGGGACAGAGAGAGAGCUCAGCAGGUGACGUGCUCACUGGCGGUUAGAAUGAUCAUCACCAGGGGGAUGUAAUAUGUUUUUAUGCGUGUAGGAUCGGCAACUACAACACGACUCUGACUUUUGUUGGACGAGUUGGAAUGAACUUCUCCUGUCAUCAUCUUCUCCCUCAGCAAGAUGACAAACUCGAGGAGCAUAAACCUCCAGACCCCUGCGCCGGGAGAUGCACUUCUCGAAGAGGAAAGACGAAGACGAGAUGGUGAUGAAAUUGGACAAGUACAACUACAGGAGGAUUAUCGCCUGAGUGCUAGUGCAAGUGGUGGUGGUCGUAUGAUGAAUCAUGAGAUCAUGAAACAAGACGCUGUGACGCCUUCAGCGGCCUCGAAGCUCCUGUCAUGGCAAAGAAGUAGUAAGCUGAGCACUGCAUGUCCAGGAUCGAGCACGACGUCCAUAGGUGGGACGACAACUCUACUUAAUAAGGCAUCACAACGAGUGCAACUUAUACAUGCAGAUACAAGUCGGUUACUUAUAAUAUCUUCCAAUUACACCUAGGCGGGAGUACUCCAUCAACUACAUAUAUAAUUCAGAUCUUGUUUUUUCAUCGGGUAUUUACUUUUACAUACUACAAUGAAUUAUGUAUGAAAUAGUGCGUGGUCCCUCGUAGAAGACGUUUUUAUUCUACCGGCAAGGUGCGUCGCAGCUUACCGUUGUUCUUGUUGUUGUACCCGAAACAUUGCCCACACAAUCACUGAUCGAUGACUGGCACUAUAUUACGAGCAGAAAUUGUCAGCAAGUAAAAGUGUAUUCCUUUCUAAGCAUAGCAAGCACAGUGGUUUCUCCAGUGCCAUGAGAGGUGCCUUUUCCACAGUGGCAACCAAUACGGGGGGGCGACGCGUCGACGACUUACCUUCGCCAAUCGCAGCCCCUGCGUUUGGUCUGCAGGAACAACGAGAAGAAGAUGGUGCAAACGAGAAGGUAGUUUGUCCGGGUACUGUUGAAAGUUUUGACCACGCAACCGCAACGCCGAAACGAUCGGCGCAUAAAAUUCGCACAAGACCAAGCAAAACCGCCACUGGAUGGGUUCAACAGGCAAAACAGGCCAAUUUGCCAAAUGAACGUAACGAAAAAGUAGAAGCUAGUAGAAGUUGUAGAACAGCAAUAGUUGUUGUGUCUCCGAGCAAUCGCGCGCCGGCGAGUUCUGGAAGCGAACGAUGUCGCGGGUCGGCCACUUUCCGAACAUACCAAGAGGGGGGAUCCUCUUCCUCAACCUCGGUAGUAGAGUCGCCGUCGAAGAAGCAGAAGACCGACUUUCCCGCAUGGGCGUGGCGCAUCGAUGGAAGAUCUCGUCAAACUUCGGCUGUCGUGGAGAAGCUCGAAGAGCAAGCAUUGCAAGCGCAUCAAAUGUGGACGAAACCACCUCCGGAUGAUGAAGAAAUACGAGGAGAAAGAACGGCUUCUCUAUUUAUCGACGAAAGGCUCGAUAGUACGGCCGCUAGUCAUCUCGAGGAGCUGCAGAAGCACUGCAUCAAACGAACGGUGGCGGUAGCAGACGAGGAUAAGGUGGAUACGUCUACCAUUUAUAGAAGAAGCAUCACUACGUCCAGCACGUCUUCAUCGCAUGGAGCAAAAGUUCCAGCACAUGCGUGGUUUACCCUGCACGAAGAGUUGGACGAACUUCCUGACCGCAACAGGGGCGAGGUGACAAGAGGCCUGGCUUCACUGCCGCCACUCGAUUCGCCAACAACAGAUGAAGGACCGCCGAUCAAGGCUUCGAUAAGCACACGAGGACCUGCUCCAUCGGGUAGUAGUUAUACUUCUGCUGGAGGAGCUGCAUCAUCAACAACAUCCCGAAGCGGGCCUGAAACUGAAAGUCAAGGUAGAACAGCAUCAUUGACGCUUGAUGUGGGCACAUCGGAGGAGGAACAGAACCCAAGCAGAGAAGGCGCGCGGCCGCCUUUCCGUAGUUGGGACACUGCCCCCACUAGUUGCACAACCUCAGGAAGAAAGGGCAAAGUCUAUGUCCAUUUGAGGCCAGCUGUGGAGUUACUUCCGAGCGCGCUUCAUCCAGGGCGUGAGAUGAAUGUACCAAAAUAUUCAUCUGCCAUAGGAGCUGGAGCGCAAAAGCAAGGAAAAAUAGACAAGGCGCCUGCUUAUCUUGCAGAUAGAUUUCUUCCGAGUCGAAGGGGAACCAAUCUUCGUACUGGCUUUUUAGUGAUGGACGAGGAGCGGAACAAGAGUUCCUCGACCAAUAUACCCCCUGAGACGACGCAAGAUGAGAAUGCAAAAACGUACUACUUAUUUGACUACUUUCCAGCAUGAUGUUGAAUGAUGUCCUCCUGCAGCUACUGGUGGUCCUCAUCGAACGAUACAUAGGGUUGCAGAUAUAUUUUGAGAUCCGCGCGGUUCUUGCAGUAUUUGCAUCAACCGAAUGAACAUGAAACGUGCAAGAAGACAUUGACCCUUGACGCGUUGACUGUCUUUAUGCUAUUAAAACCACCUUCAGCUACGCCAAUCUGCUACGCAACGAACUCUUGGGCAAUCUGCAUAGUUCAGGGAACACUUGUGGUAGUGCGGUUGGAGGCUCUUCGUCAUCUGGGGUUGGAGGCGCUACGCGACAUCCAUCGGAGCAGGAAAUUGCUUUGCGCAGGAGUCUUUUCAAGUUCAAGUCUGCACCGCAAUUACGAUUUGAUGACGCUUUUUCGCUGGCUCCUGUGCCUUUCGUUACUGAUGCGAGCGAACAGCGCAGUCAGCAGAACCGCUGCACGCGGAAGAUUGCUCGUGUGCCCUAUAAGGUCCUCGAUGCUCCCCAGCUGCAGGACGAUUUCUAUCUUAACCUAGUAUUACGGCGUCUUAUACACGAAGUAGCAGUUGAUGUAACUGCUAUUAAGUAGGUAGCUGUCGUGGAAAACUAAGCACAGCAUCGACAGUUGCAGCCUCUAUAAGGAGGCUGAUGUGCUAGUCUCCAAAAUACACAUGUACAUAAAGUUAAAGUACUAGAAUUUUCUUCAACAUUAUAUUUCUAAAACUCGACUGGAGCAGCUCAAAUUGUCUAUCGGUAGGCCUCUCGAACUGUGUCUACCUUUGGAGUGCUUGUACUAGCAGAGUAACGAAGCUUUGCGAUCUGGGAGGAGAGGACACGGUAUUCGUUUCUUAGUUUUAGAACGUGUCCGUGGGCCUAUGAUGCGAAGGGCUCCAACUCUGCAACGAGUUGCCAGAAGAAGCCUGACCCAUCGAAAUGGGGCCAGCAGGGCGGCGCGGGCACAGAGGUGCUUGCUCGGCAUGCGGGGCGCCGUCUUCGCGACCUCCUUCGCAAAAGAAGGCCGAGGAGGCGUUGCCCCCUUUCGUUUGGGAUCGAUAGCGGCGCGCCGCUCCCGACUCGGUGGCGGGGAGCAAGUGCCUCGCCCCCCAUUGUGGUUUGGUGGGGGAGUGUCAAACUGGGUUGGGGUUUUCGUCACGCUGCGCUGCGGUGUGAGGGGUUCCCGCCGGGGUGGGUUCGUAGCCGGCUUGCGACCGAAGGAUGCCGCUGUGACAUGGGGGAAAAUGCGGCUGGGGUUGAUGUGUGGGCGGGUAGCGGUGGGCGCGGUUUCACGUUGGUGGGCAGCUGGGUGGGCCGGCGCGGCACAUACGUUCCACACCCUCCAGGGCCCCCGGGUUGGACCCUUUGCGGGCAUUCGGCUGCCCCCACCCUUGGCUGUCAGUCUUGCAUUGGUGGAUGCCCCUCCUGCCGGCCCGCAGUGCUUUUGUUUUCUACUUCAACGUCUCGCCAAGGCUGCGCCCGCAGGGCGCAGCGGAAAGAUUUGCGUGGGCAACUCGCGCAACUCCAGCAACCUGAGAAACUCGCCCCGAUUAAGCUCUGCCUUUGGGGGUGUGCGAAUUAUGCAGAUACAUAGAGAUCACUCGCGCUACUGGAAGUUGCUGGGCCAGAAGAUUUUCGGUUGUGAGCCAUCCUCGACGUCUUCACGCAUUGUUCACUUGACAACAUUUUCUCUUUCCAUCAGGUGACAUCCGUGUCUUGGACGCAGCGCGGGACGCAUCUUGCAGUGGGCACACAUAGCGGUGAUGUCCAGAUCUGGGAUGUAGCUCAGUGUCGGAAAUUGCGAACGAUGGGUGGCCAUCAUGGUCGUGUGGGCACCAUGAGUUGGAACGGGUACGUUUUGUCUACCGGAAGCCGCGACCACAAUAUUUUCCACCGGGACGUCAGACAACAGGUACAAAAAUAAUCGCGGGCCGCAGAUUCUCUGCGAGUACUACUUACUUGCAGAAAACAAAAUACUAUAAAUAUCUUCUGCUACUACUUCUCCUGUUGGUUCUGGUGUACUAUGUAUGCGACGUGUACCGUGAUUUUGAUGAUGUUGAUGAAAACAAGUAGAUGAAAUCUGCUUUGUCCACCUGCGACCUGCUAUUAAAGAGUUGUGAUAUGCAUAAGUACAUGGAUCAUCUUCAACAAGUAUGGUCAACAAGAACAUCGUUUUUGUUCUUCUUGUUGAUCUUAUUUGUUGAUGUUUUUGUGGAGGUCGUCCUCAUCUACAACUUGUCUCAUGAUCUUUAGGUCCACUACAUGGCGAAGCUAAGUGGACACCGCCAAGAAGUGUGUGGUCUGAAGUGGUCGUACGACGAACAGCAGCUGGCUUCUGGUGGAAACGACAACAAGCUGUAUGUUUGGAACUUGCGGAGUACGGAACCCGUCCUGAAAUUUGCGGAACACACCGCCGCGGUGAAAGCUAUCGCGUGGAGCCCUCAUCAACACGGGCUGCUGUGUUCUGGCGGAGGAACUGCGGACCGCUGCAUCCGGUUCUACAACACGAUCAACAACACAAACCUCUCCUGCAUCGACACGGGGAGUCAGGUCUGCAACCUAAGCUGGAGCACCAGUGUUAACGAGCUUGUCUCCACCCACGGCUACAGUCUAAACCAAAUCAUCCUCUGGAAAUACCCAAGCAUGCAGAAAGUGGUCACACUCACUGGUACUACUUACAACUACGACCAGCAACUUUCGUUUAAUUAGUAUCUUCAGAUACUUUUACUUUCUGUUUAUGAUCUUAUUAAUAUAUCGGUUGUAUCGUCGUGGUUAAUAAAAAAAUGAUUUAGCAAGUCCCUCAUGAGAACCACGGACCAUAAGGACUUCCGCAGAAUGAAUCACAGAUCACGAGGCACCAGGUCAUGUUCGUGGUCUUGUUCAGCUCUACGACCUUUAUCGCAUUGCUUCAUCUGACGCACUGUAGAGAUGAAUGAUAAAAAUCUACCUUCUUCAAGUUCAAUCUAUGCUACAUCAGGCCAUACGUAUCGGGUGCUUUAUCUUGCAUUAUCUCCAGACGGGCAGAGUAUUUGCACAGGCGCUGGUGACGAAACCCUACGCUUUUGGAACGUCUUUCCCAGUUCGCAGAGUCGCACAGCUUCCCACUUAACUUCUCUACCUUUUGGAACAACCAUACGCUAGAUAAAGAAAAGCACAUUUUCAGCGGUUUAUGUCACGAUCAUCAUCAUUCAAAUUCAUUUUUAUGACAUCACCUUCCACAUGACUGAGCAUGGAGUAAGUUCUUGUUGAGUAAAAAGACCCUCGAGAAGCGAACAAAAUUAACUCAAUGUCUAGAAAUAUAUCAAUGUCAAUGUCUCUUGUCGUGCACCAUCAAGAACACAAUCCUCCUGUACUAGCUAUAGGUUUAGCAUACUUGUUACUUCUUGAUAUUUAGCUGUACUUAUCAUCAACAGCAUACGUUUACGCAUCAUGUCAUUCACACCCAGGAACGAAUAUGAUUCAGUGUGAGCACCUCCGAUAUGCCUUACCCAUAAUCGUAGACAUUAGCACAAGCACGAAACAAACUCAUGAUAUUAGAUAACUUCUCAUAUUAAACUCACAGCGUCACUCUACUCCAUCGUUCAUACCUAUCAUCUUCUUCUCUAUUGAAUAAUUAUUCUCCUGAAUAUCUCAUGUACAGGUCGCGUGCACAGAUCGCUCACUCACUCACUUACAUACAAUGUUAAAUUCAUUCGAAGUAGCUUAUCACAAUCACGUUGAAGACGUAUUUCUUAGCUUAUUAUUUGCAUGUUGUUCAUUUUCUUUUUCAACAUCCCUCGACCUCGACGAGGGCCAUUAAGUGAAAUUAAAUUUUUCAGUUGUACGGUUUACCGUUCACAGCAAAUUAAAAAUGGGUGAGCAUCAGCAGGUUGUGUGGACAUAUUAAAGUCGUGUUUUUAUUUCAAAUCAAAGCAUAGCCAUACCCGUAGGAGCAUAGGAUUAUUCAUUGAUCAUACAAGCAUUUUCUCCAGCACUGUCCUCCUAAACUUAGUUUUAUAAUUUAACACCAACAAACUAAGUUGGCAACAGGGGCAUAUGCAUGCAAAUACAAAUCAGAUCCUAUCCUGUCUAGAGGAUCUUGUCUUUGCACAGCCUCAAUGCUGCCAGUCUCCGCAUGAAGAUAUUCUCUGUUUGUAUCUUUUUGCCAAAAACAGUAACAGGAGUUACGGAAUACCAUAGAAUCGAUCUAGUACUCAAUGUAUGCCUGAUGCAUAUGACGUCAAUUUUUGCACAGCAUUGUACGUAGUGAGAAGUAGUAGUAGAAUCCAGAUUUGCAUUUGCGCGUCGAAGUAGAGGCGUGGUGUUAGUAGUCGGAACUUAGAAGUUUGACAUGUUAGUAGUUGGAGUGGAAAUAGCCUGUUCCUGUUGAACUUGUAAUACCUAUUUAAGUAUGAAAAUCUAGUCGACGGGAAGCUGAAAGGAGGACCGACCACUAGUUGCACAGAAUCACGAGUGGUAACCAAAGUAAAUAUUCGAUGAAUUCUUGUUCCUUUUUUUGGAUGAGUAUGUAAGUCACGGAAUGAAUUUCCUUCUUUUUUGAAUUUUAUCGACUAGAAAUUGCACCAAGAAAAGGCAUAAUUAAAGUUACCUUGUUCUGCUUUUCGUUCUUGGUUUGUCGUUUUUGUCACAGGAUGAUAUCUGAAGGCUUCAUCCUCUUUCAUGGAUAGAAAAUAUGUUGUAUGUAUUUGUACCGGUCGGGCGCACGACUUUCACGAACCAUCCUUCCGCACCCUCUGGUCGAGUCCUCCUGUGGACUGUUGUACUCGUACUCGAUCUACUUUUCCAGUCCCCGAAAAACCAAAUAUUUUCGCUCCGAACACCCUUGAGAAUUCAUUGCAUCAAUAACCUUGACUGCACGUGCUAGGGAGCUUCGUCCCACAGCUUCAUCGACUCUUCAAGAAAAAAUAUGAUGCAUGCAUAAUUACAUACGAAAGCAUGACGAGAC